CGCGGCCUUGUGGUUGUGGGGGCAACUGGCGGGUGCGGUGACGCAGUGGGGCUGUGUGUAGUGACGUGACAGGUGGUUGCCUAACACCACUAACGCUUCCGCCCCGCCAGGUGCUGGCGCCCGCCAUGGAGCGCGCCGAGGCCGCCAGGAGCCGCGGGCGCGCGGCCCCCUCCAGCGCCAGUCCCAUUGACACCCCCCCGCGCUCUGCCAGUUCUGGGGACGAGGCGUCGCUCAGCUCGUCCAUGGGCUCCUUCUCCCGGGGCCCCAGUGUUGAAGGCUUUAAAAUAGCAGAAAAGAAAAAGCAGUCACCUGUGACAGAUAAUCUCUCACCAUGGGAAGAAUGGUUCAUUUGCAAAGAGAGAGAGCUACGUGCCCGCUUACAAGCCAGAGCUAUGGAGGAAAUUAAUCAACAACUGGAGAAAAGAAAAGAAAAGCAGGAACUUGAAAGAAGAAAAAAGAUUGCAGAAGAGAAACACAAGGAAUGGGUACAGAAAAAGAACGAAGAGGAAAGAAGGGAAAGGGAACGGAAGCUCAGCAAAGAAAUGGCAGAAAAGGCAGUGAAGGAUCUGGAGAAAAUUCAGUUACAAGAAAAAGCUAAAGAAAAAUAUAAAGAAUGGUUAAAGAAGAAAAGAUCAGAAGAUUCUGACAAGAAGAAAAAAGAGAAGGAAAAGGAAAGGCAACAGGAAGCUGAAUUGCAAGAGAAAAAAGAGAAAUCAGAGAGGCUUUUCAAGGAAUGGCUACAAACUGCUAGAAAUAAACCGCGCCCAAUUUUAAACAGUUAUGGCUAUGCCAGUGGGAAAUGUACAGGAUACUCUGAUGGAAAUUCAUAUCCAGCUCCGGCCUUUUGCAACCCUGUUCCUUGGAAACCAAUACAUGUGCCUCCUCCUAAGGAAGACCAGAAUGUUACAGUGAAGAAAAAUAAGAGACCAGUAUCCAGUCAGUCAUAUAGGUCCUCAUCUAUGGUAAUUCUUAAGCCCAAGAGCAAUCUUUAUAUUGGAUCGUUGAACAAAAAACAGAGAUAAUACAGGAAGCAGAAUAAGUUUUAAUUGGCUUGAAUUAAGUAGGUUUUAAAGUGCAAAGCUAUUUCUUGGCUAAGAACAUAUUUAAAACUGUGUGCUGAAAGGCAGCAUUUUGCAGUGUGCUUGCAAACAGUUGUGGUCUCUACUAUUAAGCAAUAUUUUUUCAUAUUUUUAACCUAAUUUUCAAAGCUGUGUUAAAAUGACUUUUUAAGUAAAUCAGUUUAAGCCACUCAAGUGACCUUUUUAUAUUUAAUUGUAAGAAAUGUAAUAUGUAGCCAAUUGUAAUGUAGCCAAUAAAAUAUAUAUGGUUAUCUUUUGAGAAUUUGUCAUA